GGGCUGGGAUUGCUGGUAUCGAAUCGCUAAGACCGAAAGAUCGACUGCAACAAACACAAUAUUACUCUACCUGGUGCAUAACAUCGACUUACUGCGCUUGCAACUCAGAGUAGCGACAAGGCCGACUCCCACUUUGUCAAUAAGUGAAUCGCCUGCCACGAUCUCUCGUCUGUAAAACCUCGAAAUACAUACAUAUCCCCAUAGUACGAGCAGAAAGGCUUGCAACAGAGUUGAGGCUUCGGCCUCUGACUCAAUACUUGACACUGCUGCACCCGCAACUCAGUCAUGGCGCCGACCAUUAGCCGCUGGGUGUCCACAACUGGAACAGAUGUCACCGGCCUUAUUGAGUCCUCGCUUGAGCUGGACAAGCGCAAUGCCGAAGGCAUCGAACAAAUGUUACACAUCCAAGAUGUAACAGUUGCAAGCACCUUGUCGCCACUGGAAGCACAUCACCUCCUCACGGCCAGAGAUGCAACCUCGACCUUCAUCCCCGGUCAAGGCGCCAAGCCACCCGGCAGCUUCAACAACUCGUUCUUCUUCGCACUCUUUGCCAUACUCGGAGCUGCGAUGGUUCUGGCUAGCUUGUGGUUCUUCUUUUGGGCGAAGAAUGGUGGCUUCCACUUCAGACAGGGCGACUGGGAUGACUACAAGAGUACAGUGCUACGUCGAAAGGGACCAGAUGGGAAGACGCUGAGUAACGCCACGAAGAGCACGAAGCUUGGUUAUGGUGCUAGCACAUUUGCUGGCACGCAACAUUAUAAAUGGCAGAAGCAUGUGGCGCGGAGUGUUGUAGGACGGGAUGAGAAAGGUCGGAAAGGUGUCUUAGGCAAGCGCGGGCCGAUGGGCACCCAUAGCAUCACAUACUCGGACGAUUAUAUGACGGAGUCGUUUGCCACGCAAACGGUCAGCGACAUGACGGAACUUCGGACGGAGCCGGAUUAUAACCAGCAUUCGAAGAGGUACCGUGACCGAGACGUCCAGCAGUAUAAGAAGGAGAAGCCGGCGAGAGUAGGCGGUCUCAAUCGGGUGGCAGACGGAUCGCACUUCGGUACCACAAUUGCUGGCUCCGAGACCAUGUCAGAAGCCUCGGCGGAACCUCUGGUGGCCAAAGAGCGCGAUCGGGCAAAAGAGAAGGAGCGCGCCGAGCGUAAAGCCAAGGAGGAAGCAGCUAAGAUGGAGCGGCGUUGGAAGAAAGAGGCGGAAGAAGCAGCCGCAGCUCUAGCACGCGAGAACGCCGCAUCACGUCCACCGCCGCCGCCAGCACACUCCCCCAAGAGGUCCGCGCCGCCCUCAUCGAAGCCUUCUGCUGACAAACAGCGGCGCAGUUCGCGGUCAAAUUCGCCGCAAAAGCGCGACUUCUCGUACCAAGGCGGUGCCGCGUCGGAGAUUCUUAGUACCGCUUACACGAGCACUAGCGGCACUCGAUCGGCGAGCUACUAUGAGGAGUACCGCCCUCUUGCUAGCGACAACCCUCGAUACUCGACUGAGCGUGCCGAGCGUGCCGAGCGAGCCGAACGUAGCAGGCAAAGUUCGCCGAAGAAAGGGGCAGGUAGGAAAGCCAGGGAAGGCGGCUAUAGGCGUGGCGCAGACAGUGACCUGGAUUGAAUCUACAAAGUGCGAAGCAACUAUGGACUUGUGAGCUCGUAUGCAAGAGCAUAGUGUUCUAUCCCAGCUGAGGAGGUUCUGGCAUCCGCCAGAGAUGGAGCCGCGAUCUCGUGCAUGAGACAAGGAAGGUACGCUGGCACUUCAUGAGUGAACAACUUGCGCCAAUGGCAGCGGUGCUAUGGCAAUGAUGAGGGAUGAGUGUGUACAUUCGCUGGUUGCGAUGAGCAAUGAUGGAUGGGAAGCAGGCCUCCAAGCUGAUGCUGAGGGUAUCUGUAGAUAAGUGCUCUCAAUGAGACCGUCGCCGGCAUUGCGACUUGCUACAAUGCUGCUUUGAAGCUAAGAUCUUGCAUUAUUACUUAUGCGCCGCGCGCCCAUUCGGCGCAACAUCCACCCGCUGGCCGCGACAAUUAAAUCAUGUUCGUAAAUCGUACAGAUCCGUAUCUGGUCUUCG